AUGGAUCUCCAUAUUUCUUGAUUUUUGCAUCACAUUGAGAAGAAAAAAAAUAAAGAAAGAAGAAUCUUGGAAAAAUGGGCAUCACCAAAAUCCUAGAAAACCAACCCAACACACGAUCACCAGCUGAGCUAGAUGAAGUAACCCAAGAAUGCAGAGAAUUGCUCAUCACACUCCCAAAAGAGAGAGGUUGGAGAACUUCAAAUAUCUAUCUGUAUCAAAAAUUUUGGUGCCAACCAAAAGAAAUCGAAGCCAUCAUCUCCAUGCAAAAGCACUAUAUUGCGGAAGACUCCGAUAUCAUAGUCUCCACCAUCCCGAAAUCCGGCACCACGUGGCUGAAAGCAUUGUGCUUCGCGGUGGCCAAUAGGUGCCUCUACGCCGGCCACAACACCACCCACCCCUUGCUCACUUUCAACUCCCACAUGCUUGUCCCUUUCCUCGAGUAUAAACUAUUUGCAAAUCAGGAGAUCCCUGACAUGUCGCGUCUGCCAAGGCCCCACCUCGUGGGGACCCACGUGCCUGUAGGGGCCUUGCCAGACUCUGUCAGGGAAUCCCAGUGCAAGAUUGUGUACAUGGUGAGGAAUCCUUUUGACACAUUUGUUUCCAUAUGGCACUUCAUGAGUAAGCUGAGGCCCGAUUCUAUGGGCCCGUUAUCAUUCCAGGAGGUUUUCGACAUGUACUGCCGGGGAACCAUAGGGUUCGGCCCGUACUGGGACCACAUGUUAGGGUAUUGGCACGAGAGCCUAAGAAACCCUAACAAGGUUCUAUUCCUGAGGUAUGAGGAGAUGAAGGAAAAUGCGGGGUUCCACCUGAGGAAGCUCGCGAAUUUCCUAGGGUUUCCUUUCAGUGCUGAGGAAGAGGAAGAUGGCGUGGUGGAUGAGAUAAUUAAGAUGUGCAGCUUUGAGCAGAUGAAAGAGCUAGAUGUGAACAAGAAAGGGAAGGGAGCCAUUGUUGAUUUUGAGAACAAGAAUUUGUUUAGAAAAGGUGUGGUCGGAGAUUGGAUGAACCAUUUUAGUCCAGAAAUGGUGGAGAGAUUGAGCAAGAUCAUGGAGGAAAAGCUAGCUGGUUCUGGUUUGUCCUUCAAGAUUAAUUGAGUACAAUGUAUUGUAUACUCCAUCUGUCUCAUAAAUACAUGAACAUUUGUAAGUGACACGAGUUUUAAAAAAUGUUAGAUAAAAAUGUAUUGUGAGUGAAAAAAGGGUGACACUUUAUAAAAAGUAGAGAUGAAAAAUAAAGGGAUUGUGGUGGGAUAAUGUACCAAAAUAAAAAUGUUUAUGUUUUUGUGAGACAACCCAAAAUGGUAAAAUGUUCAUGUUUUUGUGA